UUCUCCAGCCUUCGCAUCUUCAGGAACCAUGUCUAGCACAACUAUGAGGAGCCAAAGCAGCAGCCGCCGUGGCUUCAGUGCCAGCUCAGCCAGAGUCCCUGGGGUCUGCCGCUCUGGCUUCAGCAGUGUCUCCGUGUCCCGCUCUAGGGGCAGUGGUGGCCUUGGUGGAGUGUGUGGAGGAGCUGGCUUUGGCAGCCGGAGCCUCUACGGCCUGGGGGGCUCCAAGAGGAUCUCCAUCGGAGGGGGCAGCUGUGCCAUCGGUGGAGGAUACGGCGGCAGAGUUGGAGGGGGCUUUGGUUUCGGAGCUGGAGCCGGGAGUGGAUUUGGAUUCGGCGGUGCAGCUGGUAGUGGCUUUGGGCUCGGUGGUGGAGCUGGCUUUGCUGGUGGCUAUGGGGGCUCUGGCUUCCCCGUGUGCCCCCCUGGAGGCAUCCAAGAGGUCACCAUCAACCAGAAUCUCCUCACUCCUCUGAACCUGCAAAUCGACCCCACCAUCCAGCGGGUGCGGACUGAGGAGCGGGAGCAGAUCAAGACCCUCAACAACAAGUUCGCCUCCUUCAUCGACAAGGUGCGGUUCCUGGAGCAGCAAAACAAGGUCCUAGAGACCAAGUGGAGCCUCCUUCAGGAGCAGGGCUCCAAGACUGUGAGGCAGAACCUGGAGCCCUUCUUUGACGCUUACCUCAAUGACCUCCGCCGGCAGCUGGACAACGUCACCACCGAGAGCGGCAGGCUGGAUGCUGAGCUGAGGAACAUGCAGGACGUCGUAGAAGAUUUCAAAGUCAAGUAUGAGGAUGAAAUUAACAAACGCACUGCUGCUGAGAAUGAGUUUGUGGCCCUGAAGAAGGAUGUGGAUGCCUCCUACAUGAACAAGGUGGAACUGGAGGCCAAGGUCAGCUGUCUGACUGACGAAAUCAACUUCUUACGGAUGCUCUAUGAGGAAGAGCUGUCCCAGAUGCAGACCCAGGUCAGUGACACAUCCGUGGUGCUGUCCAUGGAUAACAACCGCAGUCUGGACCUGGACAGCAUCAUCGCUGAGGUCAAAGCACAGUAUGAGGAUAUUGCCAAUCGCAGCCGGGCUGAGGCCGAGUCCUGGUACCAGACGAAGUACGAGGAGCUACAGGUUUCGGCAGGCAGACAUGGCGAUGAUCUCCGAAACACCAAACAAGAGAUCUCUGAGACGAACCGGAUGAUCCAGAGGCUGAGAGCUGAGAUCGACAGCAUCAAGAAGCAGUACGCUAGCCUGCAAUCGGCCAUCGCCGAUGCAGAACAACGCGGAGAACUGGCCCUCAAGGAUGCCCGGGCCAAGCUGGUGGACCUGGAGGAGGCCCUGCAGAAAGCCAAGCAGGACAUGGCCCGGCUGCUGCGUGAGUACCAGGAGCUGAUGAACGUCAAGCUGGCCCUGGACGUGGAGAUCGCCACCUACCGCAAGCUGCUGGAGGGCGAGGAGUGCAGGCUGAGUGGAGAAGGUGUUUCUCCAGUUAACAUCUCUGUGGUAACCUCCACCGUUUCCAGUGGCUAUGGAGGUGGCAGCGGCAUUGGAGGUGGAAGCCUGGGUCUCGGUGGGGGCAGCGGCUACUCCUUCACCACCAGUGGUGGGCACGGCCUGGGUGCAGGCCUCGGGGGCUCCAGCUUCAGUGCUAGCAGCAACCGGGGGCUUGGGGGCAGUGGCUCCAGUGUCAAAUUUGUCUCCACUACGUCCUCCAGCCCACCUGUGGUGCUAUGA